AUGCCUGAACUGGCUAAGUCUGCUCCUGCCCCUAAAAAGGGCUCUAAAAAAGCUGUGACCAAGGCCCAGAAGAAGGACGGCAAGAAGCACAAGUGCAGCCGCAAGGAGAGCUACUCUCAGUACAUGUACAAGGUGCUGAAGCAAGUCCAUCCCGACACCCGCAUCUCGUCCAAGGCCAUGGGAAUCAUGAACUCUUUCGUCAACGACAUUUUCGAGCACAUCGCUGGCGAGGCAUUGUGCCUGCCCCGCAACCGCUCUGGCCGUGUUAGAUCCGCUUCAGGUAAAGCCAACUCACGCUCUGCACGGACUUGGAAAAGCUGCCCUAUGCCAACUCUGAUCUCUCGCACCUUGCGCCAAUCUGCGGCCACCUGCACUUUGCGGGACGUUGCGCUGGGAGGCGCUCCCCGGAGUCCGCACUAG